AUGGUUGAUAUCAAAAGUGGCAUAAUGCGUAUUAAAGGUGUUAUCAUAAUUACAUUGGCAUUAUUAUUGGGCAUUGCCGCACUUAUAUUUCAUUUUUUAGCCAUGUUCACUAAACGCUGGAAAGUUGCAAUACCUAAAGGUGUCCAAAAUAUUUCAAAUAAUAAUCCACAUUAUUACGGCUUUAUAUAUCGUCAUCUAUGUUCAUCACUCACAAAAGUUGUUCAUCCUUGUACAUGCGAUUACAUACCAUCGACAAAAGGUUUACAAUGGUGUUGCAUAUUGGCUGCAUUAUACCUGAUUCUUGGAAUAUUAGUGCUAUAUUUAAAAUUAAUUGCAGCCCCGCAAAAUGCUAGUGCAGCAUUUCUAUUAGGUUUUGUUCCCGUAUCAUUAAUUUUUAUCGCAUUAUUAUUUAUGUUAACAACAUUAAUAUUAGUUGGUGCUUAUUUAAGACGUGAUGAAUAUGAAGAUUAUGAUGUUAUACUAUCAUCUAUUCCAGCAGAAGAGUCGGUGAAUUAUUAUAGAUUAACACAAUAUUUUAAAUUAAAUAAUAAGCAAAAUGCAUUAUAUAAACAGGCACAAACGGAAUUCAAAGCAUAUCAUCAAAAUAAUUAUGAUGCACAUAUUGGAUGGUCAACGAGUUUUGAAAUCGUUGCAUUUGUCUUAACAUUUCUCGUAUUCAUGUUAGCAAUAUUUCUGGCACUAGCAAAAACAGAAGAAUAG